GGUAUAAAACACUUCAACAUUGUUGCAUUUCAGAGAAACCUCGAGACUCUAGAAUGUUUUUCUUUGUGAUUCUUGUGUUGCUGUCCUGCACUGAGGCUGAAGGGCUCCAACAUGUGUUUCUCCUCCGUGGAAAGGACUUACACUUGAAUGUAGUGAAAUCUGUUGAACUAGACAAAAAGACUGACUUUUUCUGGAGGUUUAAUACCACUAAUUAUGUUGGUAAAAUUAGUUAUAAUAAAGAGGUAGUAUUAUUUGACGGUUAUGAAGGAAGAGUUGAGGUUUUUGGACAAAAUUACUCUUUGCUGUUAAAGAAUGUACAACACAGUGACAGUGGAGAUUAUACUGCAGUUGUGGUUGGAGGACAAGAGCAAAGGGUAGCUCAAUACAAGGUCAUAGUCCAAGAUCCAGUGUCUCCAGUUAACCUGACAGUGGACUCUGUGUCCAGCGGUUCAGGCUCCUGUAACCUCAUUGUGACCUGCAGCACAGUGGAUUCUCAAAUCAGCAGUAUUUUCACAUGUGAUGCCCAAAACUGCUCUCUGGUAGAUAGAGGAAGCUUUAAGACCCAAACCUAUUCUUCCAAUCUCACUGUCUAUUUGCAGCAAGACUCCAUUGUCUGUAAUCACAGCAACCAAGUGAGCGUCAAACAGACUAAGGAGGAGAUCAAACUUUAUUGCAAGGAAAAACCAGGGCUCCAACAUGUGUUUCUCCUCCGUGGAAAGGACUUACACCUGGAUAUAAAGAAAUCUGUUGUACUAGACAGAAAAACUGAUUUGUUCUGGAAAUUUAAUGAAACUAACAAUGUAGCUAAAUGUGGUUUUAAUAAUGAUCCAGUCGUGUUUGACAAAUAUGAAGGAAGGGCUGAGGUCUUUGAACAAAAUUACUCUUUGCUGUUAAAGAAUGUGCAACACAAUGACAGUGGAGAUUAUACUGCAGUUGUGUCUGGGGGAAAAGACCAAAAUGUAGCUGAAUACAAGGUCAUAGUCCAAGAUCCAGUGUCUCCAGUUAACCUGACAGUGGACUCUGUGUCCGGCAGCUCAGACUGCUGUAACCUCAUUGUGACCUGCAGCACAGUGGAUUCUCAAAUCAGCAGCAUUUUCACAUGUGAUGCCCAAAACUGCUCUCUGGUAGAAAAAGGAAGCUUUAAAGCCCAAACCUAUUCUUCCAAUCUCAUUGUCUAUUUGCAGCAAGACUUAAUCGUCUGUAAUCACAGCAACCAAGUGAGCGUGGAACAGACUAAGGAGGAGAUCAAACUUUAUUGCAAGGAAAAACCAGGUAUCUCCAUCUGUGUGGUGAAGACAGUCGUGUUCUCUGUUGGUCUGAUCAUCAUGGUGUUAGCUGUGAUCAGUGUCCACAUUAUGGAGAAGAUUAAGAAGCGAAAAUAGAGAAGGAGAUUUCCACUUACGCAUAUAACUAAUAUAAUUUUAGAAAAAUUUGAAGUUACAGACACCAGUGGUAGAUAACUACACAGGUUAACACGUUUUGGAGGUUUGCUAAUUUUUAUGAAGAUUUUUGUGUUAUACAGCUCAAAAUUAGGUAUUGCAAAUGUUUUGUAAGUACAGACAUUUGCACAUUUGCACACUCACUUUUCCCACCAUGUUUUGGGAAGCCAAAAGUUGUCAACAACACCACCUUAGGAAUGUCACCCAAGGAAAUGAGUAAAAGCAUCAGAAAGGCACACUAAGAUGAGGUGAGAGACGUGAUCCCACCUUUCAAAAGUUUAAGUUCAUUAAUAGGAAAAAAUAAACAUUUUUAAAACUCUACACAUCCAGCCACAAAGGGAAGGGGGGUUCAGGACUGAGGCUUACCGGCAGCUGAGAAUGGCCAACAUGAGAGGGAGAUGGAUUCAACAAAUAAAAAUAAAUGAAUCACUGCAGGCACUUGUGCACAUGCAUUUGAUUGUGAGGGAACCCAGCACCACACACAGAAGACCCUCCACUACAUUCAGCUCUCAGCCUGGAUGCAGAGGGGAUAAAAUCAGCAGGAUUAUACACAAAAAGGAAAAGAAUACCUUAAACUUUACAUAAACAAAUCCUUUAACCAAAGAACAAUCCUUAACAAAAAAGAUACAGUCAAAUCAAAUAAACAUAAUACAAAGUUAACCCAUCCUCAAACAGGUACACACACACACAUUAACAUUUUUAAGGCUAUACGACGUCCAAACAAGGUCCACAAUUUGAACGUCCAACCAUGACCCAAAUUGGAGGUCAAUAUGACGUUCAACAUUUGGACUCGGUAUUUUUUUGGGAUGUCAUGUAGACGACAGGUC